AUGGCCUAUCUCAAUGUACGCUCGACAUCCCCUGCACACGUCCCACACAGCCCGGCACUCCUCGCGCACAAGGCCCGCCGAUUACGGCUCACGACGGGCGACGCGCGGUACGCCGCGCCCCUCGAGCUCGCUGCGCCCCUCUCGCUUGCCGCGCGCGUGCGGCACACCGUGACGCUGCCGUUCCGAAUUCUCAUGCGUGAGCCGCUGCUGAUUGUCACGACGCUGUACAUGAGCUUCCUGUAUGGCGUCAUGUACCUUAUGUUCGAGGCGUUCCCGGUCGUAUUUGAGCAGGGACACCAUUUCUCGUCUGGUGCGAUCGUCUCUGUCUUCUACCUCUUGAUCUUCCACCCCCGCUACGAAGCUGCCGCCGCCCGCGCUGCGCCCGAGAGCGUCGCGCCCGAGAUCCGGCUUGAGCUGGCGCUAUGGGGUGCGCCGCUUCUCGCGAUCAGCUUCUUCUGGUUCGGAUGGACGUCGUAUCCCUCAAUAUCUUACUGGGCGCCGAUGCUCUCGGGAGUUAUGAUGGGAUUCUCCGUCAUCUGGAUAUUCCUGGCGUUGUUCAAUUACAUCGUCGACGUGUAUCUGUUCGUGGCUGCUUCCGCGCUGGCGGCGAACACAGUGAUACGAAGCAUUGCCGCAGCCGGCUUUCCCGUAAGCAUCUUCUCUUCGUUCUGA